AAGGAAGGACCUACAGACAGACAUCCCAGCGCCCCGGAGGAGCCAAGACUUGGGCACCAUGGAUAAUGGCACCUCUGUUGAUGACUACUACAACUACCCUGAGGGGACCUUGGACCCCAAUGUCCCUGUGGACAACAGUCUCAAACGCUUGUAUUUCGAGGAUGUCCUGGUCUUGGCCAUCUACUCCCUUGUGUUCCUGGUGGGUGUGCUGGGUAACACCCUGGUGGUGUGGGUGACAGCGUUUGAGGUCAGGCGCACCAUCAACGCCAUCUGGUUCCUCAACUUGGCGGUGGCUGACCUCCUGUCCUGCCUGGCGCUGCCCAUUUUGUUCGCAUCCAUUGUUCUGCACAAGCAGUGGCCCUUUGGUGCCGCCGCCUGUCGCGUCCUGCCCUCGCUGAUCUUGUUUAACAUGUACUCCAGCAUCCUCAUCCUGGUCACCAUCAGUGCCGAUCGCUUCCUGCUGGUGUUCAAGCCCAUCUGGUGCCAGUCCUUUCGCCGAGCCAGGGUGGCCUGGGCAGCUUGUGCCAUGGCCUGGGGCUGUGCCCUGCUGCUCAGCGUUCCUUCCUUCCUGUUCCGUGUGGUGAGAAAAGACCCCUUCUCCUCCCACACGACAUGUGGCAUUGACUAUGGUAAAGAUGGCUUCCACGUGGAGAGGACGGUGGCUAUGCUCCGGCUCGUCUUGGGCUUCGUGGUGCCCCUGGUCAUCCUCAUCACCUGCUACACCUUCCUCCUGCUCCGGACCUGGAGUCGCAAGGCCACGCGCUCCACCAAGACACUCAAGGUGGUGGUGGCUGUGGUGGUCAGCUUCUUUGUCCUCUGGCUCCCCUACCAGGUGACGGGGACAAUUAUGGCCUUCCUGCCCCAGUCCUCAGCUGCCUUCUACUGGCUGCAAAGACUGGACGCCCUGUGCGUGUCCCUCGCCUAUGUCAACUGCUGUGUCAACCCUAUCAUCUAUGUCACUGCUGGCUGGGGUUUCCUGGUCCAGCUCCGAAAGUCUCUUCCCAGUGUCCUCCGGAACGUGCUGACCGAUGAGUCCCUGAGUAGAGAAAGCAAGUCUUUCACACGCUCCACGAUAGACACGCAACCUCAAAAGAGCCAGGAGGUGUAAGGCGAGGCCUCUGAGGCCACUACAUGUCCCCAUGGUCCUCCUUCCUUUCACUCUGCUCAUUUUAACUCAGCCCUGGCGGUGAGUGGGUAUGGCUUUUAUGGACUUGUCCCCAACCUUUCCAUCUUCUCUGUCCUCAUCCUCCAUGAACACUUCCCUGUAGGGGACAGUCAACCUAUCUUUCCAGCCAAUCCUUGUUUGUUUGGAUUUUUUUUUUGGAGAUACCAGGGUUUGAACUCAGGUCUCUGUGCUUGCUAGGCAGGUGCUCUACCACUUGAACCGCUCCGCCAGCCCUUU